GAAGGCAGGUGGACGCCGGAGGAAGCAGCGGAGGAGCAACGAAGACCUGAGGACCGACCGUUGAGCUGCGAGCCAAUAAAACAGCUACGGGCCGCACUUUGGACACCCCCACUCUAAAGAGUAUUUGUGUUGCAGCGUUCUUUUAUUGACGGAGCAUUGAAGUGUUUGAUAAGUUAUUGUGUGCUAUGAUCAAGCCUCAGCCUAUCAACACUCCCUCUUGACGACAAACAUUCUCACCAACUCCUGGACUCCUUCCUGGUCGAGUAGAACGCUGCAUGUGCGCCACGAUGGGGACGCCUGGAGGGGCGUUCUUUCUCCUCCUCGUGCUGAUCGCCGCAAGGAUUUCAGAACAGUUAAAAUUGGAUCCUCCACUCAUCAGUCUCCUCGAUUGUGGCGCUGACAAAAUCCAAGUGGGCGUGGAUUCAGCUAAGAUGAGACUAAUUGGUCGUGACCCACUCAAUGGCAACCUGAUUGACAGCACGUGUUCCCAGGCCAGGGAGAAAGAUGGUGUGGUGUGGUACGAAGUUGGCACUCAGGAAGGUGCCUGUAGAAACACACUGAAGACCAACGGCACACAUGUCACCUACUCCAACACUUUAUUCAUCUACCCAGCAAACAGUUCUUCCGUUCUGCCAGCGAGUCUUCCUUUCUCAUGCGAGUAUCCCCUGAAGACAGACGCCAGACUAAAUGUGGUCAUCAGACCGACCGUGGUGACCAAAGAAGAGGUUGUCCAGCCCCAGGUCCCCGAUGAGCCACCAAGCCAAUCCGGAGCUGCAGAGGGGGUGCCACCACGCAGGGUGGACAAUGUCUUUGUUGGCUCGGGUGCCAAACUGGGAACCUCCAUGGUCCUGUUCAAGAACUCCUUCAAGAACUCCUUCGAUGCAAAGACUUACGCAGCAGGUACGGUGGUCCUUCCGGUGGGCUCAGCGUUAUAUGUGGGGGUCUCUGUGAGAGAUCCCCGCUUGGCGGUUGUUUUGGAGGACUGCUUCGCUUCUCACUCAUCAGACACAAAGAGUCCUGGCCAACAUCACCUCAUCCAAAACAAAAGCCCCACUAACCGCCAGCAAGUGUUAGUGGUUGAGAGCGGCGUAUCCCACCAGGCUCGUUUCUCCGCCCUGCUCUUCCUUCUUCAGGGAAAACACCAAGAUGUUUACCUCCACUGCAGCCUCAGCCUGUGUGACAGAAAGACCACCUCUUGCAGUCCCAAGUUGGAUCCGUCACUCAGUAACCUUAAUUGUGGCUCUGACAAAAUCCAAGUGGGUGUGGAUUUAACUAGCAUAAGACCCACUGGUUAUAGUGCUCUGACUGGCAACCUGGCAGACGGCAAGUGUUCCUGGACCAGGGACAAACAUGGUGUCGUGUGGUACGACGCUGACGCUCAGACGGGUGCCUGUGGAAACACACUGGCGGUAAAAAGCAGCACACGCACGUAG